AUGCAAUUUCAAAUACUACACAAUACAUUUAUCCUUAUGUUUGUAUUGAUUGAAGUAAGAAACACCAACAGCAGUAGUAAAGAAAACAUAAAAGCUAAGAACGAAAACAUAGAACAGUCUUCUAUUGCUAAUAAAUAUGGUAAUAAUACUACACACAUAAAUACAGAAACUACAACCAAAGAUGACAUGAAAUUGCUUUUAGAAAAACUUCAAAAUAUUGCUUAUUACCUACGUAAUUAUAAGUUUAAUGAAUACGAUAGAAGAUACGAGACUGACCCAACUAAUGCUAGCAGGCCUUAUUAUAAAUUCUUCCCCAAACCUCCACUUCGUUCCCUUCAUUGGGAAGUUCAUCAGUACUGUGAACCUUCAUUUCGUGAUUGUGUCGAAUACUUGUCGAAAAAACUACAGUAUGUUGCUCUAAGGCGAUCCGACGAUACAACUGUUGUGAUGCUCGAGCAAAGAUGGUCGUGGAGGAAAAACGAACAACAGAUAGUACAAGUGGAUGCUGAGUGUUUAAGGAACAAGCGUCUAGAUGAUACAGUUGCAGAUCCUUUUGAAGGCCCUCUGGAAAGAUACCAAUGGAGAGUAACAGCAAGUUAUUAUAUGUGCUGGUAUACUCUAUUAAAGACACCGGAAAUGAGACGUCUCUACGAGAAAUGUGAUAAUUUUGCCAGCUGUCUGGAUUAUGAUUACGGGGCAAGAAAUGACGAUGAUAGAGUGGAGGAUUGGAGACCUUUUAGUUGCGCUUUGUACAGCUUUUGCCCAGAUCCUUGUUGUCCCUUUAAACAUUUAACAAGUCUCAAAGAUUGUUGGGAAUCUCCAGAAAAUCCAUGUUAUCGACUCAACCCGAAGAAGAAGAGAACCUGUGAGUUUAAUAUGACGGCUAAUACAAACUUUAACGAUAUUAUUCUGAAUAGAUGGAACGUUAGCUGUGGAUGUCCCCGAGAAGGCUACGAAUGGAAUUCGCUUUACGGAAUUUGUAUAGACAUGGAUGAAUGCGCAUCGAAAACUCAUAACUGCCACCGGGACUCCGAGAGUUGCCUUAAUUUGCCGGGGAGUUUUAGGUGCAUUUGCAAAUGGGGCUUCAUUAAAGAUGUGCAAACAGCAAAUUGUCUUCCUAGCAACGCCUUGUCAGCCAUAAAACUCAGCAAAAGAAAACAGUUACAAAAAAUAGAAGAACUAACUAUUUGGCAACGUGUUAAGAAUAUUAUACUAUUUAAAAAAAGUAGUGGUCAAUGGAUUAAAUCGCAAAUUGGUUUAAUAUUAUUAAUUAUUUUAAAUGCAAUUUGUAAUAUUAAUUAA